CAUCACAAUUCACAAAAUCACAACCACACUUUUCUACAACAUUUGCUUGAUCAGAAUGUGAAUUCUUGAAUUUUUAUUUUUUUCAAGAAUGGAUUUUCGGUCUGUCACUGGAGUUGUUCUUGCCGUUUUAGAAGCUGUGUUUCUCCAUAGUGGUAGUGUGUGUUGUGAGAAGCCUUCUGUGGUGAAAGUUGGUGCUGUUUUCACCUAUGACUCUGUGAUUGGAAGAGGUGCUAAGAUAGCUAUGGAAAUGGCAGUGGCAGAUGUGAAUUCAGACCCUACAAUUCUCAAUGGGACUCAAAUGGAUUUGGUUAUGGAGGACCUCGGUUGUAGUGCCUUUAUGGGCUCAAUCAAAGCAUUCAAUGUUAUAGAGAAGGAAGUAGUGGCAAUCAUAGGCCCUCAGUCGUCUGCCAUAGCGCGUAUCGUCUCCCACAUAGCCAAUGGCCUCCAAAUCCCGGUGAUCUCCUAUGCAGCCACGGAUCCAGCCCUGUCCUCCCUCCAGUUCCCCUACUUUGUCAGGACAGCACCGCCCGACUCCACUCAGAUGCUUGCUCUGGCUGAUGUGAUCGACCUAUACGGAUGGAAGGAGGUCAUCGCGGUGUUUGAGGACACGGACUAUGGCAGGAACGGGGUAGCUGCACUAGGCGACUUUCUCGCCCCAAAGAUGUCAACAAUCUCUCACAAAGUCCCUCUAUCUCCUCACUACAACCACAGUGAGAUCUCCGAGUCUCUGAUCGUGUCAAAGUCACUAGGCCCUCGUGUCUAUGUCGUGCAUAUUAGGCCUGAUCCGUUGCUGAGAUUCUUUCAAAUCGCGGAGAGUCUUGGUAUGGUGUCAGCAGAUUAUGUGUGGCUUGCAACUGACUGGCUCACUUCUAGUCUAGAUUCUCUCAGUGGUGAUGAAGAUUCGUUCAAUCUCGUUCGAGGGGUUGUCACACUACGCCCGCGUGUGGCUCCCACUCCCAAGAGGGGGGCCUUGCUGGCGCGGUGGGGGGAAAUGCAGAAGAAGGGGUUGUCGAAACAUUCUGGAUUAACUGAAUACGGGAUCUAUGCUUAUGACACGGUGUGGCUCGUUGCUUAUGCAGUUGAUACGCUUCUAAAAGAGCACGGAGAGAUCACAUUCUCCUCUACUGAGAGAUUCCAUGAGCUUGAAGAUUUCAAGGUUUUUGAUGGCGGAGAGGAGCUGCUGAGGGUGGUGCUGGCCUCGAACUUCACCAGCUUGCUCAGGCAGGUCCAGUUUGAUGACUCGCGAAAUAUUGUUGGGACUGAAUACGAGGUUUUGAACGUGGGCGAAAAUGGAUAUGUCAGGGUUGGUUUUUGGUCUAAUGUGACUGGUUUAUCUGUGCAAAGCCCUGAGCUUGUGAGGGGGAAUGAUCAGAGCCUUGGCAGUGUGACUUGGCCUGGUGGGAUGGCCCAGAGGCCGCGCGGAUGGAUGGUGGCCACUUCCGAGAGGCCACUGAGAGUCGGGUUCCCUAACCGGAUCAGCUUUAGUGAUUUUGUCUCUCAGCGUAAUGACAGCAGCAACCACACUGCUCAAGGCUACUGCAUUGACCUGUUUCUCGAAGUGCUCAAGCUCGUCCCCUACGACGUCCCCCACAGAUUUGUCUCGUUUGGGGAUGGCCUCAAGAACCCGAGCUACGAUCAGCUAGUUAGAUUGGUUGCAGAUGAUGUUUUGGAUGCUGCAGUUGGUGAUAUAGCAAUUGUGACAAACAGAAUAAAAGUAGUUGAUUUCACUCUGCCUUUUGCUGCCACAGGCCUUGCCAUUGUGGCUCCAUUAGGCAACUCCACAUCAAAUGGUUGGGUUUUCAUCAAGCCUUUUAGCCUCGAGCUGUGGUGCGCGGCUGCAGUUUCGUUCAUCGUCAUAGCCGUGGUCAUAUGGAUGCUCGAGCAUCGUGUCAACGACGACUUCCGCGGCCCCCCUCAGAAACAGCUCAGAACAAUGUUUCUUUUCAGCUUCUCCACUCUAUUCAAAGCAAAUUACGAAAGCACGGUAAGCGCAGCAGGAAAGCUAGUGAUGGUGGUGUGGCUCUUCUUGCUGUUAGUGAUCACAUCAAGCUACACAGCAAGCUUGUCGUCAAUCUUGACGGUUCAGCAGCUGUCCACAAGUAUAACAGGGCUCGACUCUCUGAUCACGAGUGGCCUGCCAAUAGGGUACCAAGUGGGAUCAUUUGCCUACACCUACAUGACCAACAAUCUCAACAUCCAUCCAUCCAGGCUCAUCUCCUUGGGCUCGCCAGAGGAGUACGAGGCUGCCCUCAAACGCGGCCCAGGCAAUGGAGGCGUCGCUGCCAUUGUCGAUGAGACUCCAUACGUGGAGCUGUUCCUCUCCAAGCAGAAGGACUAUGGCAUGGCCGGGCAGCCAUUCACCAAGAGCGGCUGGGGAUUUGCUUUCCAGAAGAACUCUCCUCUUGCAGUCGAUGUUUCUACUGCGAUACUCAAGCUAACGGAGAGUGGAGAGCUCGGGAAGAUCAACAACAAAUGGUUUUGCAAAUCAGGCUGUCCGGGGGAGCAGGGCAAGAAGCCCGAGCCGAACGAGCUUCACCUCAACAGCUUCUUGGUGCUCUACUCUCUGACUGGGAUAGCUGCACUCAUAGCUUUCUCUGUCUUCCUAUUUAGAGCUAUUAGGCAGUACAUAGACUACAAGAGGAGGCAGCUGCAGAGGGACCCUUCCUCUCUUGCAGCCUCGAGCUCUUCGGAUUUCGUCUUUUCGAGAGCCAUCCACAACUUCCUGCAGUUUGUUGAUGAGAAAGAAGAGGCAAUCAAGAGAUUUUUUACUCAAGAAAAUGCAACCACAGUUGAAGUGAGUGUUGUUGAGUUGUAGAUUAGGGAAAGUCUUUGAUUUUGUUAGUAGUUUGUUGUUUUGUGAAAAGUAGUUAAGUUAGUUAUAAUUUGUAUCAUAUGUGGUGUAGUGAUUUGAAUUUAGGAGUCAUGACACAUGUCUGGGUGGUUUAGUAGUGUAGGAAAUUUUCAUUUGUUUGGUGUGACCAAACAAAGCAUAACUAGGAGUACUUUUUACACUUUGGUAUGCAUGUUACAUGCUUUGGAAUGAUGAA